UAUACCUUUCAGACGUCUAAGUCAACAAUAAACUUUCAUCUAAAUCCCCUGUCCUAAAUUUUGAUUAUUGUCAGCCAUUGUUUCUUCCUCCUCGUAUGCAGCUAAGGUCUCACUUCCGUCUACCAUUGAAAAGAGGAUCAAAAGAAAAGGGUAGCAAUUCCUACCCCUUUUCCAUGGAAAAACUUCAUUUUCUCAUGGUUCUCUUCCCUCUCCUGAAUCUCCAAUUUCCUUCUUUUCUACUUCUCUCAUCAGCUUCUACUCUUCCCUCCAAGUACUUUAUCAAUUGUGGAUCAGUAUCCAACAUAUCUUUGAGCGGUCGGGAAUUCGUGGGUGACCUGAAUUCUGGCUCCUUCUCUUUUGGACCAAGUUCUGAUAUCAGUAUUGUCACCACCGACUCAUCAACAGAUACGUCUCUUUAUCAAACUGCCAGAAUUUUCAAAAAACAAUCUUCAUUUGAUUUUAAUAUCACUGAUUUUGGCAUUUAUUAUGUUCGUGUCCAUUUCUUUCCGUUUUCCUCCGGGAGGACUAAUCUGGCCGAUGCCCACUUCGAUGUUUCAGCCUUUAAUUUCUCGCUGUUGUCAAACUUUCGAAUUAAAGACAAUAGCAACUCACCUUUGAUUAAAGAAUACUUACUCACUAUCAAUGCAACCAAAUUCAGCAUCCAAUUUACUCCUCGGAGAAAAUCUUUUGCUUUCGUAAGCGCCAUCGAAGUCUUUCUUGUCCCAGAUAAAGAUUUCGUCAAGGAUCGUGACGUGGAUCUAAUUACUCCCAGUGGCCUGAGCAGUCAUAAAUACUCUGGUGUACGAUCUGAGGUUUUACUUACAAUCCACAGGGUCGAUGUUGGAGGUCCACAGAAUAACGACUCACUCUGGAGGAAUUGGAUACCGGAUGAUGAAUAUCUACUCCCAGGAGAAUCUGGGAAAAAAUGUGUUCCUUAUGAAGGUACGCUUAACUAUGGCGUUAAUGGAGCAAAUAAUUAUUCUGCAUCGGAUCUUGUCUACAAGACAUGUCGAGAAUUGAACUUAGAUAGCAGCGAAGGGUCAUCAAAUUCUUCGAAAAUAACAUGGCGUUUUGACGUGAGUAAUAGGGCCACGCAUCUGGUUCGGCUGCACUUUUGCGAUAUUAUCAGUAAAAAUGCUAGUGAUGUGUUCUUCAGUCUCUCUUUUUAUGGUAAUUUCACUCACAUGAUCUCUACAAAUGAGAUUAGUGAUCUGUUGGCUGCUCCACUUUACUACGAAUUGGUGGUUGAAUCAGAUGACUCGGGAUACAUGGAUAUUAGUGUAGGGCCUAGGCAGGAUUCUAAAAAUAAAACUGCCUAUCUGAAUGGGGUGGAGAUUAUGGAGUUUAUGAAGAAGUCUAGUUUGGUCGAUGUUCCCGGUAAUGAAAAUAGGAGUCAGGUUUAUGUUAUAGUUGGUACCGUAUGUGGUGUGGCCUUUGUCUUCAUUGUAAUAGUGCUGUUCUUUUUGGGUAUAAAAUACAAGAAAGCAAAGCAAGGUGAUGAUGGUGUGGGUUCAUGGCCAGUUUUUCAUGGAAAAGAUACUACUUCUCGUAAAGGACGACCGAAUGCGUCUUCAAUUCGUAGUUUAAACUUGAAGUUAAAGAUGCCUCUUCUUGAAAUACAAGAUGCCACUCAUAACUUUGACCCCAAACUAUUGAUAGGUGAGGGUGGGUUUGGGAAAGUCUAUAAGGGGACUCUUCAGAAUGGAAUGACAGUGGCGGUGAAACGAAGUGAUCCGAAACAUGGCCAGGGCCUUCCAGAAUUCGAAACAGAAGUCUUGGUCUUAUCCAGAAUUCGCCAUCGCCAUCUUGUUUCCUUGAUUGGAUACUGCGAAGAAAGGUCUGAGAUGAUACUGGUGUAUGAAUUCAUGGAAAAGGGGACACUCAGAGAUCAUCUUUAUGAUCAGAAUGAGAAGUCUAAGAGAUCAUCUAAAAGGUCUAAACUGUCUUGGAAGCAACGUCUUGAAAUUUGUAUUGGUUCAGCAAAAGGUCUUCAUUAUCUUCACACCUGUUCGCAUGGGGGAAUAAUUCAUCGUGAUGUCAAGUCAACAAACAUUCUUCUGAAUAAGAAUUUUGUGGCUAAAGUUGCUGAUUUUGGCCUUUCAAGAUCAGGCCCCAAUGAUCCUGACAAUUUUAGUGUUGGGAUAAAAGGUAGCUUUGGUUAUAUGGAUCCUGAAUAUUUUAGAUCCCUUCAGUUCACAGAGAAAUCUGAUGUCUACUCCUUUGGUGUAGUACUUCUUGAAGUCCUUUGUGCUAGACCAGCUAUUAUUAACUCAACCAAGAGGGAGGAAAUGAACCUAGCUGAAUGGGCGAUACUCUGGCAAAAGAAAGGACAACUCGAAAAUAUUAUCGAUCCAUUGUUAGUGGGAGACAUUAACCCUGAUUCAUUGAGAAAGUUUGGUGACACUGCUGAGAAGUGUUUGAAGGGUGAUGGAGCUAACAGGCCUACAAUGCUUGAUGUGAUAUGGGACUUGGAGUAUGCCUUACAGCUUCAUCAAACUGCUGUGCACAGAGAACCGCACGAGGACACAACAACAAAUGCUUUUUUUGUCGAGCUGCCUUUGCCUGAUAGCAUCCCUGAUUGGGAGGAUACUGAUUUGUCGAUAGGAGGAGAGGUCGAUGGUUCCGAUACAACCGAUAGUGGAGUGUUCUCUCAGCUGAGGGUUGAUGCUGCCAGAUAAUCCUCAUCCACUUCUUUGUGGGUUUGGUCCUGUCUUUUUUAUUCCUUUUUUUCCGCAGCGCUUUUCAACUGUAUUUUGAUGUGUUGCUUUGUUUGAUAUUAGUGCAAUUAAACUUAUGUUUAU